AAGAAAGCAACCCACCCAAGCCAGCUUCAACAAUAUGAAAAUCCAUUUGAUACUGAAAAUAAAUAAAUAAAAAGGUCUUUAGAUAAUCAUAUAAAACGAUCCCACCCUCGUUCUUCCUCACCCUUUCUCUUACCUUCCAUUACAAGUCUUCUUCUUCUUCUUCUUCUCCCUUUCUGUUUUUUUUUCCUUUUAUUUAAUCUAAACAAUAAUGUCUGAAGAUCUUGGAUCACUCCAAGAUUUGGCGAAAACAAAUUUAACCAAACUAAACAUUCAAUCUUCCAAUCAAGAAAUCAAGAAUAAUCAAGGCGAAAGUAGCAGCGAGUGUUCGACGCCGACCUCGGAGGAAAACAAGAUCCCGGCAGUUUUCUCAUGCCCGGGAGCGCCAAGAAAACCUAGGAAAACACUUGUUUCUUGUAAGCGGAAGCUGUCUGAAUUCCACUUCUUCGAGACCCUCAACAGGGAUGAAGUCGAUGCGUUUUUCGAAGCUGGUUUUCAUGAUUCCAUCUCUAAAAGAAGGUGCUCACGUACAUGAAAUUAUUAUAUAUAUGCUUAUUUCUGGGUUUUUACAUGUAAUUUUAUUUAUUUGUUUGUUUUAUGUAUGUAUGAGUUGAAAUUACACGCAAAUCUCAACCACUGGAAUUCAAACCGAAUUACAUAAAGUCUUGUAAUAAUCAGACAGUUUUUGUUUGGUUUU